CUAAAGAUUUUGACAUCAGCGGUGUACUCAGAAAAGAAAUAUGGGUUGAUGUAGAGUAUCUUUUCUUUCCUUUCUCUUAUAUCAAAAAUGUAGCUGAAUGCAACAGUUCACCAAGGCUGAACAGAUUACCAUGUGAAAAACGGUUCUACUUGAAUGUCAAGAUAUGUGGAAAACACAUUUAGUUUCAGAAUUGACAUCUCAUCUCAACAGAAAUGUAUCAUCAGUUUUACUAUAAAGUAACUAGAAACACAUCCUUCUUAUGUUUGAGCUGCAUUAUUUCUUUAAAUUUCUCCAUGCAACAACACAAAACAAACUACUCUCCAUCUCCCUCUGCCUCUACUUUACUCUUUGAUUCUCUUUCUCGCUCUCUUAUUCUUGGAUUCAUGAUGAAGGGUGAAUACGGCCAUCAUAGUUGCACUAGUGGUGGCCUACUCAAGAUACUAUGUAUGCAAGGAGGAGACGAUGAUGGAAGUUAUGCAAGGAAUUCAGAAGCACCGGCGUCAGCUAUUUCAUUAUCGAAACCGAUACUACUAAAAGGUAUCGAAUCCAUGAAACUUUUUGAUGGAGAUGCGAAUGAAUGUCUGAGAAUUGCAGACUUGGGUUGUGCUACUGGUUACAAUACUUUAGCCACAAUUGACCUAAUAGUUGACACCUUAAUGAAACGAUACCAAGAAGAAUAUAAUUAUGAACCCGAAUUCGAAGCUUUUUUUUCAGAUCUCCCAUCCAAUGAUUUCAAUUCUCUCUUUAAAUCCUUUCAACAAUUCGACGAUACCAGUGAGAAAAGACGGUAUUAUUCCGCUGGUGUUCCUGGCUCCUUCUAUCACCGCCUAUUUCCUAGAAGAAAACUUCAUGUUGCUGCAAGCUUAAGCGCAUUGCAUUGGCUAUCUAAGAUACCUGAUAGUGUAUUAGAAAAGAAAUCGGAAGCUUGGAACAAAGGUAGAGCUUGGAUAGAUGGAGCUAAGAAGGAAGUUGUUGAAGCUUAUUCCAAACAGUCAAUGGAAGAUUUAGAAGCUUUUCUGCAGAGUCGAAGAGAGGAGAUUGUCGAGGGAGGAUUGUUGUUUAUCUUAAUGGCAGGAAGACCAGGUUCUCAGAAACCGGAAAACCAGUUAGGUGAUCCAGAUUCAAGAGCCAAACAUCCAUUUACUAACUCCAUGGAUCAAGCAUGGGAAGAUCUACUACAAGAGGGAUUAAUUGAUGAAGAGACAAGAGAUACGUUUAACAUCCCAACAUAUAUGAGAAGCACGGAUGAAGUUUAUACGGCAUUUCACAGAUGUGGUGGAUUUGAGAUUCAACGGCUAGAAUACGAGAGAAUUGUCGAACAUUCCAAGGAGAAACAAGAAGAGUGGAUAAAGGAUCCCAAGUCCUAUGGUAAAUCCAAAGCCAACCUAGUUCGCGCUACUCUGAAACCAAUUGUCGAGUCUCAUAUAGGGCCAAAGUUGUCAGAGGAGUUAUUCAAAAGGUUCGAGAAGAGAGCUUCAGAAGAUACUGCCAUGCUUCAUAAAACUUGUUUUUAUGGUGUUAUUGUAAUUUGUGCAAUCAGGAUUAAGAAUGAUAAAUAUAAAAUAAUUAGUGAAUCAAGUGAUUAGUAAUUGUUUCUGGUCUAGAGACGGCAAUCCCAUAUGCAAACCAAUAAUCUGUUGGGCAGUUUCUCGGAGUUGCCUAAAGUUGGAUUUUUGUUGUUCGGCUCAUUUGAGCCAUAAUG